AUGGAAUGUCUCUAUUUGCGUGAUCAAUUGAAUAAAAACCAAUCACUUUUUGAACGAUCACUUGAUGAUACCCGUCUUAAACAAGUUGAACAGGAACGUUCUGAAUUGCAACGAAAUUUGGUUCAUACAGCAAAUCAUUACGAUCAAAUAUCAAGUGAAAAACGAGGAUUAACAUUAGCAUUAGAAGAAUUAAGAAAUAAAUUUGAUAUUGAGAAACAAAAUUUACUCGAUGAAUUAACAAUGUUAAAACGAGCUAAAGAAACAUUUGAAAAUGAUAAGCGUUUACGUGAACAUGAAUUAAGAGAAAUACGAGAUCGAACACGUACAUCAGCGGAUGAAUUGAAUAGUGCACAAGCAAAAGUUCGACUAUUAGAACAACAACUUGAACAAUCAUUGAAUCAAAACAAAGAUUUGAGUGAUGAAUUGAGACAUGUCAAAUUUGAAUCAAAUGAUUUGCAACGAAGUAUUAAUGAAUUACAAUUAGCCGAUAGAGAAAAAGAACGUUUACAAGGCAUUGUGGCUGAACUAGAAGCAAGUAGAGAAACAAACAAUCUUCGUCAACAAUUAAAAACACAAGAUUCACGAUAUAAUGAAGCACAUUUCUUACGAAAUAAGUUGGCUGAAGAAAAAGGUACAUUAAUGAAAGAAAUGACUCGAUUAGAAACAUUGACCAAGGAGUUACAGCGAGAAAUGGAACAAUUACGUCUGUCUGCUCGUGAUCGAACUGAUGCAUUACAAGCGAAAGAUAAAGAAAUUUUAUCAUUACGCAAAAAAGAACAAAAUUUUCGAAAUGCCAUUGAAAAUAUGCAAAUUAAAUUAGAUACAGAAUCGACAAAAGGCAAAGAUAUGGAUGGACAGCUAAAACAAGUACAACGUCAAUUGAAUAUUGAAAUACAAAAUGCUAAUACAACAAAACGUGAAAUGAAUGAUCUUGAAUUGAAAAAUGUUCGCUUACAAGAUGAACUUAAUAUCUUACAACGAGAUAAGGAUAAUUUAACAUCAUACAUUGAUUCAUUACAACAGCGUCUUACAACUGAAGAAGAUUCAUCACUUAGUUUACGUAGUCAAUUACAAGAACUUGAAGCACGUUUGAAAGAAAUUGAUAGACUCAAAUCUAUGGAAGAUUUAAUUCAAUCUCAACGAUGGGAUGACAUGUCUCAAUUAGCUGAAACAAUGAAAACCGUUAGUCAUACAAUGGCAAGAGCAACCAGUCCACCACGAACACGAAAACGUCUUGAAUUACAAUAA